GAUAUAUCUUACAUUUAUUUUGCCAUCCCUAGACAGCACCUGAAACUUUGUUAAUAUUUUUACACAAAAUUACGUGUUUCGAUAGGAAUUUCACAAUAUGGUUGACAAUUUAGCGCCCCUAGAACCUAGCUUGCAAAACCUGGUCGACCAAGAAUCUCUGAAAUGGAUUUUCGUGGGUGGAAAAGGCGGCGUGGGUAAAACAACAUGCAGCUCCAGUUUGGCAGUGCAAUUGGCGAAGGUGCGCGAAUCCGUGCUCAUCAUCUCGACAGAUCCCGCGCACAACAUAUCCGAUGCCUUCGAUCAAAAGUUUACCAAGGUGCCGACAAAGGUGAACGGCUUUAAUAAUCUGUUCGCCAUGGAGAUCGAUCCAAAUGCAGGUCUCAGCGAACUGCCCGAGGAGUACUUUGAUGGAGAAAACGAGGCGCUGCGCGUCAGCAAGGGUGUCAUGCAGGAGAUGAUCAAUGCCUUGCCCGGCAUCGAUGAGGCCAUGAGCUAUGCCGAGGUAAUGAAGCUGGUAAAAGGCAUGAACUUCUCCGUUGUGGUCUUCGAUACGGCGCCCACAGGACACACGCUUCGCCUGAUCGCAUUUCCACAGGUUGUCGAGAAGGGUCUCGGUAAGCUGUUGCGCCUCAAGAUGAAACUAGCCCCACUCCUAACACAAUUCGUAGCCAUGCUGGGCAUGGCCGAUGUGAAUGCGGACACACUAUCCCAAAAGCUGGACGACAUGCUGCGCGUCAUCACGCAGGUCAACGAACAGUUUAAGAAUCCGGAUCAAACAACAUUUGUUUGCGUUUGUAUUGCCGAGUUCUUUUCGCUGUAUGAAACGGAGCGUCUCGUCCAGGAGCUGACCAAAUGCGGUAUCGAUGUUCACAACAUAAUCGUAAAUCAAUUGUUGUUUUUGGAGAAGUCGCACAAUUCGUGCAGCAUGUGCGCUUCCCGUUUUAAGAUACAGGAGAAGUAUCUGGAUCAGAUUGCCGACUUAUACGAGGACUUCCAUGUAACCAAGCUACCAUUACUCGAGAAGGAGGUGCGCGGACCAGAAAGCAUUAAGGCGUUUUCAGAAAACCUUAUGAUACCCUUCAACCCGAAAGAGACUUCCAAUAAGUAAGCACUGUCUGUACACCGUGCUAGUUGUAAGCUUUUCAGUAGAAAAAACAAAUAACUGUGUAUAUGUUUGGGUGUGUGAAUAAUAAAAUCUAUUUAAUCCCAGUCGAUUCAAAAAAAAA